UGUAGUGGAAUGGCUUUGGUUUUAUUGUAUGCGGUGUGGAGUUGAAUGUGUUGAUGUUCAUAUGAACAAAAAGAGGAGCAAGUCUGCGUUCAAGCGACACACUGCUGACACGAUCGGAUCAUCCAGUACACGCGUUAUAUAGCGUCCGCCUUACUCGGGUUUCCUUCUAAAUUCUGCAAUGGGAGCGUCAGCUUUGUUUGCUUCUUAGACUUUCCAAUCUUCGCAGCAAGCUGUGCACGUUUAUAUUAACGUCUUUACUCAUGUCUUCAAUCCGGUAACAUAACCAAGGUCUAUAAGAUUGCCAGAGGGUGAAGAUGGAUAACUGUUACAAAUGGAGCAAAGCAUUAUGAUAUUGAAGGGGAAGAUGGCACAGAUAUUCUGACACUAGCACUUUUACUUUAUAUAAUCCAUCCCAGUGGGACAGUUAAGAGCUUGUAGAAGAGCACCAUGGCCACUAGCUAUCCUCCUUUUGAGGAGCAGGGAGAGGUGCGGGAAGGCUUCCUUUGUCCCCUCUGUUUGAAGGAUCUGCAGUCUGUCUACCAGCUUCAAGCCCACUAUGAACAUGAGCACUCAAGCGAUGAUGGUGACGUUAAGGGUCAUCUGAAAAGUUUGGUACAGAAAGCUAAGAAGGCAAAGAACAAGCUGCUGAAGAGGGACGGUGAGGAGAGGCCCGAGUCUAGUGGGCAAGACCGAUAUGAUUAUUUGUACAAUGGUGGGAUCGACCCCUUUCUUUGGGAGCCUCAAGAGAUAGGUACAAAAAGAAGUCAUUUGGAUGAUUUUAAAAAACACAGAGCUGCUAGGAUUGAUCACUACAUUAUUGAAGUUAACAAAUUGAUUAUCAGACUGGAGAAGCUGACAGCCUUUGAUAGAACAAACACAGAUGCUGCUAAAAUCAGAGCGAUUGAGAAGUCAAUUGUUUCUUGGGUCGAUGACCAUGAUGUGCCAUUUUGUCCAGAUUGUGGAAACAAAUUUAACAUUCGGAACAGACGUCACCACUGUCGCCUUUGUGGGUCUAUAAUGUGCAAAAAGUGCAUGGAAUUUCUGACCCUUCCUUUUGCAAGCAAGAUGACAAGUAUCACCAAAGGAGUGCCAUCUUCUGUGGCCAGUCCCAGCCAAUCACCCAGCAGCAGUGUACAGGGUUCCAGACGAGGCAGCAUCAGCAGUCUGAGCAGUGUCAGUUCUGUCCUGGAAGAGAAGGAUGAUGAUCGCAUUCGUUGUUGCCGCCAUUGCAUGGACACGCUGUUGAAACACGAGCAGCAAAUGGAGGAGAAGGACCACAUUCCUGAAAUUGUAAAAUACUAUGAGAAACUGAGACAGUGUAUGGAAAAGGUGGAUCAGAAAGCCCCUCCCUAUAUUAAGAUGGCUGAAUCUUUGAAUGCUGGUGAAACAACAUAUAAUUUAGAAAAUGCUAACAGUCUCAGAAUGGAGGUACAGAAGUACUAUGAACUAAUUGAUGCACUAAGUAAGAAGAUUCUUUCUUUGGGAAUAAAUGAUGAACCUAAACCACAUCCAAAGGCCCUACAGCUACAGAAAAUGAUAAGAUAUUCUGCCACCCUUUUUGUGCAGGAAAAACUGCUUGGACUGAUGUCAUUGCCUACGAAAGAGAAGUAUGAGGAACUAAAGAAAGAAAGAAUGCUAGAAAUGGAAAAAAAAAUAAAAAUGGAAAGAGAGGCUGCAAUGGAAGCACAGAGGAAACGGAUGGAGGAGAAACCCAAGGACCCGCAGCACUUGGCAUCUACUGCCAACGGUGAUGUAGGCCGCACGCAGAGGUCAGCAGUGAUUAAAACAGGUGGCUGGCUACCAUCCUCAAGUCUGCCAAGAAAUCGGGAGAAUUCAGAUCCUCUCCUUCAGCAGAUCGACAACAUCAGAUCGUUUAUCCAGCAGGCAAGAGAAGCCAACCGAAUUGAUGAGGUGAACAUGCUGGAGGAGAAUCUCCAUCAGCUCCAGGACGAGUAUGACCAGCAGCAGACCCAGAUUGCUAUUGAGCUUUCCAAAAAGCUGGCAGAAGAGGAGGCCAUGCAGCAACAGCAGCUUCAGCUUCUGCACGAAAAAGAGUGGGAACGGGAACAAAAGAAAAGAAUUUCUCAACAUUUACGGACUCGUUCUUUGGACUUCCGGGAAAUACAGCCUGUUCAGAUGGGUGUUUCAGAGAACUACACUGCUGAUGUGGACCCAAACUCGUACCAGAAAAAGGUUAGCCCUUUAUCGAAAACACAGUCUAUGAGAGCUUUUCAUCAUCUUCCUAAACAGGAUCAGCCAAGUUCACUGUCCCCAAACACAACUGAAGCACUCCAUGCAAUGGCAGACGAACAUGGCAGCAAGUCGCAAACGUCUUUGAAUCCCUUUGACGAGAAUGAUGCCUCGCCUAACCUUGACGAUGAUCCCUCCAACCCCUUCUUGGAAGAAAUUAUGAAAGAAAAGACAGAGUCCGUAAAACACGUCCUGAAUGGGAAAAAGGAGUAUAAUCCUUUUGAAGAGGAUGACAAGACGAGCACUUCUGACGUGGUUACCGGUGGAGAGGCGUCCAAUCCGUUUGAGGAUCCUGCCAGCAUCUCCAACCAAGGUGCAGCCAAACAGGUAACCUCAACAAAUCCUUUUGACUCUGAAGAGGAUGAUGUGGAAAAAGACAGUGAAAUUGAGGAAGAGCUGCUCCUCCAGCAAAUAGACAAUAUCAGAGCCUACAUUUUUGACGCCAAGCGUAGCGGGCGCACGGAUGAGGUGGAGUUGUUGUCGGAGAACCUCCGAGAACUGCAACGCACUUUACAAGAACAAAAGCGGAAAGUCCAGUGACUUUUUUCUUUUUCUGUCCCCUUUCUAUACCAGCUAAUCUUAAGGAGAACUGAACUUAAAACACUACAUGAUGUGGCUUGUUUGGUUUAAGCCGAGUAGUUGUAAUUCAACUAGUGUUUGUAUAUGGAUGCAAAAAAAAUAAUUAAGUGUACUGCUCUUGCACCAGUGUUGUGACUCUUAAACAGAGUCCAUUACAUUCUGCACUAAUGCCUGAAGUGAUUAUAUGCUUGGCAGCAACGCUCCAUCCAGACGAUUCUACAACUCUCUGCUGUUUUCACCACUGUGGCAUUCUUUAUUCUUUAAGGAUACACGCCUUAAUUGUCCUGUUACUAGUUUAACUAAAAUCAAAUAGCAAGUUUUAUAGUCGUCAUCUGCAUCAUGGCACUGCUUGUACAGGCUUCCUACUGUGAGGCUCGGCCGGCCGGCCCUUUUCUGGAAGGCACUGCAUCCACUGGCAAGAACGGAGUAAAUGAUUAAGGAGGGCACUUAGUGGCAAACUGGCACAAAGGCUUCUGCAGCGCCACUUUAAGAAUGCAGUACGACUACAUGUCCGUGACGUCACCACAUCAGCAUUAUGUAAGCAGACUUUCCCAUGUUGAUAUCCUUUACUGUAUGGUCAAACAAAGCAAAUCUCAACGGUUAAGAGUAAGUUUUUUUUGAUUAGUUGUAUUAAAUAUAAUACAGAACAUUUCUGAUUAACUUGUGUUUGAUGACCGACAACUUGUAGAUCUGAGCAAGUAAAACAACAA